UUCUCGCCGCGUCAGCACUCCCGCGUCUCGCACGCGAAUGCUGUCAGAGCACCCCCUUGCCACGCCCAGUCCGAUCUGGCGGGGGUCCACGAUACGCGCACAUAGUAGUGCAGCUGCUGCGGAGACGCCAGGCGAUGACAGCAGCGCGGCAGCCGUCGGCAGUGGGCCCAUCGUACCCCCCACCGACCCCGCAGCAGCUUCGCCAGAAAAGACCCGAUUGCAGAAAGCUCGAGAAUUCGCGAAUCGGGUUGUAUUCGGCCUCAUUCUCGGCUUGGGCGGUGCCGUUGUCAUUUUGUAUGGGAACCUCGCCAUGCUGGCCACGGCGCUGUUUGUGACGUACCAAGCGUCUCGGGAGUACUUUGGCUUCAUGACGUCAAAGCAGAUGUCGAAGGGCAUGCCGCCCCCGCCGCGGGUAGUCAGCGUGGCGACAACGGUCAUGUGCAUGGGCAUGACUGUGUUCAGCCACUUCUACCGCGGCAAGAUCGGGACCCUGCUCGCGGUGGCGUCCUUCGCGCUGCUGGUAUUGCAAGUGGUGGCCAACAAGCGGCCAAAGUUCGCGCAGCUGGCGUCGUCCUUGUUCGGCCUCUUCUACUGCGGAUGGCUACCAAGCUUCUGGCUCAAACUGCGGAACUUGGCGUUGCCGGCGCCCGAUACCCCAGCGGCGGCCUUCCUGACCGGCAUCACUGGCUGGCCCACCACGGUGGGCCUGGUGGCCGUGCUCACGGCCGUGGCGGUCAUCAUCGCCGCGGACACGGGAGCCUACUUCGUGGGCAAGAGCCUGGGCCGCACCAAGCUUACAGACAUCAGCCCCAAGAAGACGGUGGAGGGCGCGGCGGGCGGACUGGCGGCGGCGGUGGCCACGGCGUUGGGCUCGUGGGCGCUAUUCGGGUGGCCGGGCUCGCCGUUGGCGGCUGUGGUGCUCGGGGUCAUGGUGUUCUUCAGCAGCCUGUUCGGCGACUUGAUCGAAUCCAUCAUGAAGCGCGACGCGGGCAUGAAGGACUCGGGCGACCUCAUCCCCGGCCACGGCGGCCUGCUGGACCGCUUCGACUCGUACAUUUUCUCCGGCGCCGUCACCUACUUCUUCUCCGUGUUCGUGCUGCCCUUCCUCAAUGUGCUCUACGGCCCGGGCGGCCUCUCGGCGGCCAUCACCGCGGGCCUGGCGCCGCUGGGCGCGUGAGGCGCUCUCGCGCGGCGCGCUUGACGCAGCGCAGCGGUGCAGCGCAUGGUACUGUUGGGUGCGCGGCACUCGGCUCGGGAGCAGCCGGGCGGGGCAUGGAGGUGGAGCUGGUGGACGCUGCUGUCAGUGGCCGGUGGCGGGGGAGCAGCGGCAGGGGCACAGGGGCAUGUUGGAGGCUGGGCUACGAGCCGGCGCCUUCGGGGCCGCAGUGCGCGAGCGGGCGGCUGGGCGUCGACAUGGCUUUGGCGAUGCUGGCAGGAUGCGAGGAGCGAGCACUGUCAGGACCGGGGAUGGGGAGGGAUCAAGCAUGCCCCUGUUAGGCUGCAUCAUGAUUAGCGUACCACAGCGAGCUGUUGAGCAGAGCACGUGGCGCCUGGAGGCACGACGUCUCGGACCGGCGUAAUGUUCAAGCGGGCACCGGUAACUGUAGCCUUCCUUAUGCCGGUUUGCUCUUACAUUAAGCCUUGGCUCGGACCCCAGGACAUGCAUUCAGGGCGCCGCGCAUGUUAGGUGGGCAUAUGACAGAUAGCGUCAGGCGGAUGUGCAAGGUUCCAGCAUUAUAGGCCGAGCGGGUAGAGCGGAUGCCGGUGAGAUGAGCUGCUGUUUGACGUCUUGUUGGCUAUAUGCUCCUGGCAUGGUAUGGGAUCGGUUGUGGUCAGUUUUGACUAGGUGCCUAGACAUGGGGGCAAUGCCUGACUCCUUGUUGGGAGUGAGAGUGAAGGCGAGGGUGACAUAUCGCGCGUUCCUGGGUUUCUUUAUGUGCGUGUGGAACACUUGGUUACUCGGGCAUAUGGAUGUAGGUUCGGCGUGAAUGAAUAGGGACGCUGUCCAGCAAUCGGGCAAGUGUUGGGAGAGCCAGCGCUGCUUGAGCCUGUGCGUGAAGACAUGUUGCGGCUGCUGCUGAGGGAUGGAUAUCAGGAACGGCACUCCCGUUCCGGUCCGCCGGCUGAGAACUGUAUGUACCGUGUCUAGGUGAGGUGGGCCAACGCGACACGAGCAGGGAUGUGCGGCAAGCGAUGGGGCGCGGCGCGUUGGGCACGGCGUGAGUGGUCAGGCGCGUCAUCUGAGCCAGGCUGGUUGCUGCAGGCCGUGUGGACGUAGCAAGGUCAUGUAAAGCAAUCGGCUG